UAUGCAGAAUAUUCGACUCACAACUAGUGGCAGUGUUUUACAGACUUUAACCGUAAAUAACGCAAAAGAAAGUUAAGAGAGUAUUUAUUAAAAACGUUAAUUAAAGUUGUAACAGAAGCUUUAACAAAACUAACGUAAUUAUUCAUCAAAAGGACGCAUAAAAAAUCAAAAUGCCUAUUUUAGAUAAACGAAAAGGUGACGAUAUCUUAGCGUUAGUUCCUGCUUCAAAAAGAACAAAGAAUGAAGUCGUCUUCAGCAGUAGAGAAAAAGCAGUUGUACAGAGUGGUCCACCACGAACAUCAUCAUUAAUGGCUCCUAUCAUGCUCCUGGAAGGACAUCAAGGUGAUAUAUUUUCCCUUGAAUUUCAUCCAGAGGGCCAGUAUCUUGCAUCGACUGGAUUUGAUCGGCAAAUCUUUAUUUGGAAUGUUUAUGGAGAAUGCGAAAACAUCUCUAUAAUGACUGGUCAUAGUGGAGCUGUAAUGGAAUUGCAUUUUAGUCCUGAUGGAAGCAAUUUGUAUACGGCUAGUACUGAUAUGACUUUAGGUUUAUGGGAUAUAGUGGUAGGCACAAGAAUAAAAAAAUUAAAAGGACAUACUUCUUUUGUCAAUUCUGUGGCUGGAGCUAGAAGAGGACCUACACAGUUGUGCUCAGGUAGCGAUGAUAGUACAAUACGUGUUUGGGAUCCAAGAAAAAGAGGACAGUGUUAUACAUUAAAUAAUACAUAUCAGGUAACUUCAGUCACAUUUAAUGAUACUGCAGAACAAGUAAUAAGCGGUGGUAUUGACAAUGAUAUCAAAGUAUGGGAUUUAAGAAAAAAUGCAAUUCUUUAUAAAUUAAAAGGACAUUCCGAGACUAUUACUGGCUUAAGUCUUAGCCCUGAUGGUUCAUAUAUUUUAUCAAAUGCUAUGGAUAAUACAUUAAGAAUAUGGGAUGUAAGACCUUUUGCUCCAUACGAACGUUGCGUGAAAAUUCUUUCUGGUCAUCAACAUAAUUUUGAGAAGAAUCUUCAGAGAUGUGCAUGGUCUCCAGAUGGUAGUAAAGUAUCAGCUGGUUCAUCAGACAGAUUUCAAUACAUUUGGGAUACGACUAGUCGUAGAAUAUUAUAUAAAUUACCUGGACAUAAUGGUUCUGUUAAUGAUGUUGAUUUUCAUCCAAAGGAGCCAAUAGUGUGCUCUGGGUCAAGUGACAAACAGAUAUACAUAGGAGAAAUCGAAACAUAAUCAAUAUAUUAUAAAUUAUAUCUUUGUAUAUACAAACAAAUAUUUCGAUUAAUCUUUUGUUGAAGAAAAUAAACAUAGAAAAGAGUGAUCAUUGUAUAUAAUAUAUAACAAGUUUGUCA